UUUCAUAUAUAUGCGUUGCAUGGAGCUAGUCUCGCUCUAGAGAAAGAUUUACAUGCUCUAAGGUUUAAGAGAGUAUAUACUGUAGUGCUUGGGUUAUUCCCCAAUGGAGGGCACAUUUUUCUCUUGGAUCUCUUGCUCGAUGAUUCUGAGUCUAGCAGUGCUGAUUGGCAUUGCGACUCCAGGAGUCGACGCGGCGCGCGCUUUCUUUGUUUUCGGGGACUCGCUGGUCGACAGUGGCAACAACAAUUACCUCGCCACCAUUGCCAGGGCUGACGCACCGCCUUACGGCAUCGACUAUCCGACUCAUCGGCCCACCGGCCGCUUCUCCAAUGGGUUAAACAUUCCCGACAUUAUCAGUGAGUCGAUUGGCUCGGAACCCACGUUGCCAUAUUUGGAUCCUGAGCUCAAUGGAGAAAGGUUGCUCAUCGGCGCCAACUUUGCUUCCGCCGGAAUUGGAAUUUUGAAUGAUACUGGAAUUCAGUUCUUUAACAUCAUCCGAAUCUCCCAGCAACUGCAAUUCUUCCAACAGUACCAGGAAAGGGUUGCCUCACUCAUCGGAGAAGACCAAGCGCAGCGGCUCGUGAGCGACGCUCUCGUGCUGAUUACCCUCGGCGGCAACGACUUUGUCAACAACUAUUACUUGGUGCCUUUCUCCGCCCGGUCCCGCCAGUUCUCCCUCCCUGACUACGUUGUCUAUCUCAUCUCCGAGUACCGCAAGAUCUUGGCCAGGUUGUACGAACUAGGAGCACGGAGGGUCAUUGUGACCGGCACCGGGCCGCUGGGCUGCGUCCCAGCCGAGCUGGCUCAGAGAAGCAGGAACGGCGAGUGUGCGGAGGAGCUGCAGCGGGCGGCCCACUUGUUCAACCCCCAGCUCAUCCAAAUUAUCAACGAUCUCAACAGAGAGAUCGGCUCCGACGUGUUCGUCGCCGCCAACGCGCUAGAGAUGAGCGUCAACUUCAUCACCGACCCUCAAGCAUAUGGUUUCGAGACAUCGAAGGUGGCGUGCUGCGGGCAAGGGCCCUACAACGGAUUGGGGCUGUGCACGGUGGCCUCCAACCUGUGCCCCAACCGGGACGUCUACGCGUUCUGGGACCCGUUCCAUCCGUCGGAGAGGGCCAACAGGAUCAUCGUCCAGCAGAUCCUGACCGCCGACACCAGAUACAUGUACCCGAUGAACCUCAGCACCAUCAUGGCCUUGGACUCCAGGACUUAAAGUCUCGUCAUGCCUAAGUUUUUUCAUCUUUCGCCUAUGUGUUCUUCUUCGAUUUCCAAAUGAAGACAUUGUGUUCGUCCGUCGUAUCUUUGCUUGCCGGAUUCUUGGCUCUCUUUGUUCAGGAGGGGGUUUAGCAAAGUGAGUUCUCCUCUCUGGUGCGGUGGUGUAAUGUGGUUGGAGUAUAUUACAUGUUGUGCUUGAUGGUGAAACAGAGAUUUAUUCUAUUUGGUAAUAAUCUCAAUUUGUUAUCUUCUA